CAAUGUUGACAGUUUGGAAGAGAUGAAUUCAUUGUGUACUUCAUGUAUACCUUGACAAAUCAAUAUGUGAUAGUUACACGAUGUCCUUACCCAUGAUCUGACCACAAAUAACGCGGGCUCUUAAAAAAGUAAUCUGAAUUAUCGUAAUUCUCGUGAGUGACUCGUAAGUUGUUUCUGAUUUGAGAAUUAGAGGCGUUCGUUAAGCUUUUUCUGACCACAAAGCUUCGUAAAGAUGCCACCCAUUCUUGAUGCUUCGGAGGAAAAAACAAAUGGCUCAAGGCUGUUGCGAUUAGUGAUUGAUGGAGGGACAUACGUGCUAAGAGAGUUUCUGCAUUCCAUUCAUCCUCCUGCAACAUUACAGGCAGUGUUCAACAACAACAAAGGAAAGCUUACAAAACUGCUUUCGACGAAGAAAAUUAUAACCAGAAGUCAGUGGGAAAUCCUAUUUCCCCCUUCAGGUGACCCACCAGACUCGAAAUCAUUUGAUGUCACACUUCUGCAUCUGUUACUACGGGAAUUUUGCAGUUUGACGGCGCCUUCAACUGGCUGGCACAAUUUACCUGCAGACAGCGAUGUUAGUCCUGAGGCGAACAUUGUCCGAAUCAAAUGUUACAGAAAUGAGCUUUGUCACAGUGUUUCUACAAGCAUUACUAAAGUCGAGUUUGAAGACAAAUGGACGGUCGUUUCUUCGGCACUGGUUGCCUUGGGUCUCGACCAAAAGGACGUAGACCGCCUGAAGACUGAACCGAUUGACCAGGACACUGAUCGUCGUGUAGAGGAGGAAGUAAAUAAGUGGAAACUUGAAAUUGAACCACGAUUAGAGAGCUUAGAGGAAGACGUAGUGAAGAUGAAAGGUGAAAUGUCGCGGAAUCAAGCAGACCAAAAUACUUCUGAACUUGCAGACUGUCUUCCAGAUAAAGUUGCAAAUGUCUUUGGUCGCUCAAAAGAGAUACAGCAGGUCAUCCAGCCCAUUGUAACCAGACAUGUAGGCACUGUUAUAAUAACUGGGGGACCAGGGUUUGGAAAGACAACCGUGGCUAACAAAGUGGGGCACGAGCUGGCCACCAACCCAGAGAAUGUUGUUUUGUUUUGCUCUCUCAGGACGAAAGCAACAGUAAAUGAAGUAGCUACCUCAAUGAUCCUUACGUGCAGCAAAAACCACUUUCAGCCACCAGAGAACCCCCAACACUGGCUUCGAAAUUGGAGCAAGCAACAGCAACAAAGGGUUACCUUCAUUCUGGACAGUGCAGACGAUGUUCUCGAAUCAGGCGACCGAGCUGGGUUUGCAAGCCUUUUGCAAGACAUGAGGAUGUUAGCCAAAGGUAAUGUUACUUUUGUUGUCACUUCUCGAAAAGUAUUUAAGCAUUCAAGCCUGGAGAUGGCAGAAGUAAGAGUAACACCUUUAUCCUCCGAUGAGGCAAAGAAACUUGUUGAGUCUAAAGUUGAUGAAGGUGUGCGGGUGAAGCUCUCUCAGACAGAGAAGUUAGUUGAGCUAUGUGGUUGUGUGCCUCUGGCUCUCUGCAUCGUUGGUUCGUUGCUUUCAGACGUCUACACUGAAGAUAAGCUGAUAAGACGUUUGGAGAAAAAGCCAAUGGAUGUCCUUAAAGAGGAUUUGAGUGAUGACAAUUCCGUUGAAAAAGCAAUAAAAACUUCCUUUGACUCCUUGGGUAAAAGUGAACUAGAGGCCCUGCUUCUUCUGUCUGCAUUUCCUGGCUCCUUUGAUUCUACUGCUGCUGAGGCUUUGAUUACCGCAUCGUCAUGCACUGAACAGCCACAAUUGAUCCUUCGUUCCUUGAAGAACCGAUCACUCGUUGAGAUCGAGAUGACAGCUCCACAGAGAUAUCACGUCCAUCAGCUGAUCCAAGCAUAUGCAAAGAAAAUUGGCCAAACAAAGUACUCCGAGGGAGAAAAAGAGGCCUUUGCUCACUUUAUUUCCCGCCUUGCGGACAAUGCCAAUAUGUACUGGAGCAAAGACAAGUGCAAAGAAUCAAUUGAAUCGUUUAAUGAAGACAGGCACAACUUUGAGUACUUCCUACAGUUCUACCUGCAAGGAUUAGAUUGUCAAGAUCCCUCAGACCUCAUGACAAAUUUGACGACCUUAGUGCAGGAGUUUCCUCAGACAUGCUUGUAUCUGGAAAUGUGUCUUCUACCAAGUAUUUACUUCAAACUCCUGGAAAAAUGGCUUCAGCUGCUGAUGUCCGAAAACAACGCACAGCAACCCACCAGCAAAAUAGUAGAGCUUUUCUGCCUUCUUGGGCAUGAAAAAAGAAAAGUUGGAAAUCGUGAUCAAUACAAACAGUUUCUAGAGAGUGCCAUAAAACUGCACACAGAAAAUCCAAAUGAGUUUAACCGAGAAAAGGUAUCAGAAGCCUUUUUUCGCAAUAAUUAUGCUCGAUUUCUCUCCGAAGAGAGAAAUUUUGAUAAAGCAAAAGAACAACUUGACAUUUGUUUGAAAGUAUGUGAAGAAUAUUUGCCCAAAGAUCAUCUACAGAAAGGUGUCACUUUGCUUUAUUCUGGAAGAGAAGACAACCGUCGCAAUGAACGUAAUGAGGCCGAAAAAAAGUUGAAUGAAGCAUUGAACCUUUUUCAGAGGGGUCUUGGCACACAUGUUAUGACUGCCGUGCUUCUGAGGUCUCUUGCAGAUUUUUACCUAUUCCAUGGCGAAAAAAAGCUGGGAUGUCUAGAAGACCGUCAAAACGCCUCUAAACUGUAUGGACAAGCACUGAAAAUGAUGGGAAAUCUUGGCAUUGGAGACCGCAAAGAGUGCAUUCUGCCAUUUACCAACUUAGGAAUUUGUCAUCAAUUGCAAGGCGAGCUGGAGGAAGCAAUGAAACUAUAUCAAGCAUCUUUGAGCAUUGCAGAACGAGACUUAGCAGAAAACCACCGGUGGAAGAUCUAUGUUAUGGUUCAAAUGGCCUACUGGUACAAACAGAAUGGAAAUAUGGUAAAGGCCAAGGCCUGGAAAGAACAGGCACUGCAGAUGAGUGAUGCACUUGGACUGCCAGAUAAUCAACCACCCAACAAGUUUAUGUUAACGAAAAUUUGAGACUUUGACAGAACAAUGUGUGAACUGGAGGAUGACAUGUUUAAUUGUCUGCCUGAUCUUGUGAGUUUGGUUAAUCACAGUAUUUCACUUUUAAAAUAGUGUCUUGUGACUCUACGUUGAUUACCGUUCAGUUUGUUGACAUGACAAGCAGUUUGCACCACAAAAUUUAAGACUUUUAUAGAGCAACUGCUAGUUACAUUGAAUGUGUGAACGGGCUGACGAAUAUUAAAAGAAUGCAAUGAGUAUUUUACGAUAACUCCAGAAAUUCUCGCGCGUUCACUGGCUAAUUGUUAUUGUCAAUAAGCGGACAGACACAUGAAUUUAUAAUUUAUGC